CACUUCAUUAGAGGUGGACGUGCUUCUCUUUUCGCUCUGCGGGUCGGCGGUUGCACGAGACCACUGGGAAUCCUUUCACUUCACGUCACUUUCACAGUAUCAAUGAACGUACCAAUAUUAGAGAUCGGAUGCGGAGGAUUAUUCAUUGGGAGCGAGCGACUCGGCACAGAGCGCACGGAGGGGACGCACACGCGUGCUGCUGCAGUGUUUUAUUUUCCCCUCGGCUCACUGACAUGGUUUGAACACUGCUCUUGUUGCUGAGGGCUGAGUCUGAAGGUGUCCGCAUCCUGUCUUCGUGGAUAAGAUCAGCUCAGAGUCCCAGGGAAGAUGCGGUGGAUGGAAGUGUCGCAUCUAUGGCUGCUGCUCGUCACUGUGGUGUCGGUCAGCGGGUUUCCCACCAAAUUACAGCGGACCUCUGUCAGAGACAGAAACACUUCAGCGUCUCCUGCUAAGGUGAUAGCAAAGCGUAGCCAUGGCGAUGAUCAUCAGACUCUUCAAGAGCUGGAACAAGAGAACCUGCUCCAGACUCUGCCCUCCAGUCCCUCUUCCCUCAGGUCCAGACACCGUUGGUCCCAGCACCUUCACCAGGGUAUCCUCCCCCCUCCUGAACCUGAGGAGGACCCUGAGCCAUUCAUCCUGGACCUUAGGAACUUCCCAGAGCUGGCCAAUGCGGACAUAAGUUCACAGAACCCUAACAUCCAGGUGACCAUCGAGGUGGUGGAUGACAGCCAGACCGGGAUGGAGGUGGAGAUGGAUCUGGCCAAGGAGGGUCAGCGUAAUGACUGGUCAGUGUCCUCCUCAGAGUGGGCCAAUAGCCACAAGAAGCUGUUCUGGCCACUCUUCUGGGAGUACCCGGAGCAGUCGGAGAAUGGGCUGGGAAGAGACAGUUUGGAGGAGCAGUCUGAGGACUAUAACUAUGACCCAGAUGAGCUCAUCCUCAGUGGAGUUGGAGGGGAUGGAGGUGGUCACUGGAACAAAGACUGGCAUGCCAAGGAUAACUAUGAGUACGAGGAGGAGUGGAGCCACUGGGCUUCCUGCAGCGUUACUUGUGGACACGGAACCCAGAAACGGACCCGUUCCUGCGGCUACGCAUGCACUGCGACUGAGUCACGCACUUGUGACCUGGAGAGCUGUGCUGACACAAUGUUUUCAGCGACUCCACUGACACCCAUCCAGACCACCAACGGUAGCGAUUUCCUGGACACAAAUGUAGACAGCUGUGAGAAGUGGCUAAGCUGCAAGAAUGACUUUCUUCAGAAGUACCUGCAUCAAGUGCUUACUGAACUCCCCAGCUGCCCCUGCUCCUAUCCCUCUGAGGCUGUUUACAAUGCUGUCAACAUCCAGGACACCAAACUUCAGAAAACCUACCGCUGGAGGGAUGCAAGUGGACCCAAGGAACGCCUGGACAUCUAUAAACCAUCAGCCAGAUUCUGCAUCCGCUCCAUGCUGUCGUAUGACAGUACAACGUUAGCAGCACAGCACUGCUGUUAUGAUGAUCAAAUGAGACUGAUAACACGAGGAAAAGGAGCAGGAGCACCAAACUUAAUCAGUACAGAGUUUUCACCAGAGUUACAUUACAAGGUGGAUGUACUGCCCUGGAUUCUGUGCAAAGGGGACUGGAGUAGGUUUCAUUCAGUAAGACCACCCAAUAAUAGGCUGGAGUGUGCAGAUAACCCUCCUGAACAAGUGUUUCAGAUAGAACUAAAAGAAGCCCGGGAAUACUGAAAUCAUUUCUCCUGACUAUUGUCACGAUCUUUGAUGAGCAGAAAAAACUGCAAUGCUUAUACAAAGCUUUUGUUGUCCCUUCAGCAUGAACAAACUCCUGGCUCAAGCUUUGGGUAACUUCAGUUUAAACCAAAAAGGACAUACCUUUCAAAUCAUAUGGAAAUAUGAAUGGAAGACAUAGACAAGAAAGACUGGUGAAGCGUUUUUAUUCAUAGGUGUAGACUAUUUGUUCAGAAAUGAAAUAACAUUGGUGUUGGAACCAUUGAAAGCGCAAUGAAAUUCCGUGUUAAAUAUGUGAAUGUAAAUAUUAUCAGCUUAUCCCCAUCCAUGUGAGUUGCUGCUACUCUUUUUAUGCCGAGCUGAAUGUCUAAUGGCGAUGUCUGUUGUGUGUGCACAGAGUGUGUGUGUGUGAGUAUGGAGGAUAAGCUUAUUUAUUGGCCCCUUUACAAUUUUACACAGAUCAGUGUUUCAUGAAAGGAACUCCUGUCAAGUUGCUAUAGAUAUGUUCACCUUAACAUUAAAUAUGAUGCAAGUGGUACCAGUUUAUGAACAUUUCUUCUUGUGUGAAAACUUUAUUCAAAAGUAUCCCCAUCUGAUUUUGCUGCUCAACAUUCUCAAAUUAGUUAUGACUAAACCCAUCUUAUCUAGACAUGCCUGUUUGGAAUUGGCUGUUUGCUUGACUAGUGAUAAUGCUCUGGAGCUACAUCAGAAUUAUUCCUUGUGAUUAGUGUGUAUCAUACCUGGUUUAUCUGCAAAUAAGAUUUUAUAGUCAAUGCUUUUUAUGAAAUUAAAAUGAAUUUGCUUUAUUACUGUUAGUGUAUAUAUAGGUUUGAAUGAUUUCCUGAACUGGUGUUAUUUUGUCAUACAUUACACAUUGGCAAUUUCAGAGUUGUGUUUAAAAGUCGGCACAAUCUUCAGACCCAAGUUCACAACUUUUUAAAAUAAAAUCUCUGUAAUUCAGCUCUAUAUUUAGCAGCAACAAAGGCUAUGUUGUGCUUUCUAGACAAAUUGCUAAGUAAUUUUGCUGCCAUUACAAAGAUCAGCACC